GACCAAAACAAAACGCCCACCGGAGGUAAUAGUUUAGGUUAGUUCGAAAGCUAGUUGGAAAAGUAGUUAAUUUUUCGUUUACAACGGUUUGAACUCGAUUUAAUCGUAUUUGAAAGUCAGGGUUUUGUUCGUUAUUCAUAAAUAAAGUCAACUUCAAUAUGUUUUAAUAGUAGGUGAUAACUGGGUCAGGAAAUUGGCGUUAGCUAUUUAGCUGUUAGCUAACCUGUGAUAAAACAUUAACUGACGUUUGCUAUAAGUAGGUUAAGUUAAAUUAACUCAGAGUCAUUUUCACGACGUUGUUGUGCGUGUAAUCAGGGAAGUGUUCAUAAAAUAGCAAAGUGGGCCUAAUUUUGGCGCUAGGUAAGUAUAGUUAAUCAGAUUGACAUUACUGUCCAUGGAAAUACAGAGUCCAGUGGGUUAACAGACUUUUACAAUUAAAAGCUAAGUAAUCUUUAAGUGAGGAUACAUGGAAAAAUAUAACCAAAUUCUUACACUUGGAAGUGGAGGAGCAGGUGUUGUCUUUCUAAUGAGACACAAAGAUACAAAGAAACUCUAUGCUGUGAAAAGAAUACAGGUUGACAACUCUCGAAAGACAAAGACGAAAGAGGCUGUGUCGCAAGAGGCUGAAAUCCUGAGGAAUCUCAGGCACCCCCAUAUUGUGACAUGGAGCGACACUUUCUAUGAUCCAGCAAACGAUCACAUUUAUAUUGCUAUGGAUUACUGUGAUGGUGGAACACUGGAUGAUCAGAUUAAAGAUAGAAAAGCAGAGGAAUAUUUCUCAGAACAUGUCAUAAUGAACUGGUUCGUGCAGGUCGUCAUGGCAGUCAGCUACAUUCACUCUGCAAAAAUUCUUCACAGAGACAUUAAGACCUCCAAUGUGCUCCUAACUAAGAGGGGUAUGAUUAAGCUGGGAGAUUUUGGAAUAUCAAAGAUAAUGAAUCACACUCUGGAUAUGGCCUCUACCUGCGUAGGAACACCCAGCUACCUCAGCCCCGAGUUGUGCCAGGACGUUCCGUACAGCACAAAAUCUGACAUAUGGGCCCUUGGCUGCUUACUGUAUGAACUUUGUGCACUCAGACCAGCUUUUUGGGCUAAAAAUCUGCUGAAUUUGUUUUACAAGAUAAUAAAAGGUGAAUAUAGCCCAGCACCUGAAAGGUACUCAGAUAAUCUUCACGCAUUGAUUGAGAAAAUGCUGUGCUUGGUUCCUGAGAACAGACCGAGUGCCAGCAGCAUCCUGGGCAUGUCCUAUGUGCAGGAACAUCUGGGACAGUUCAUUGAGUAUCAAGAGACGGAACUGACAAAGGUUAACGCUGAGACCAGACCUCCGACAAGAGAAGAAUGUGUCACCGAGCCCACAUCUGCUGUGGAGAGUGAAGGAGCAACUUUAACCUGGAAGAACACUGUCAUUCAUAUGGAAAUGCCCACUCUGCAUGAAGCACCAAGUAUGGAAGAGCAUGGUCAGGCACCUCUUGAAGCUGAGGAUGAGACAGUCCAUGCUAGAACUGAGUCUGAUUAUUCAGAAGACUUUGAAGAAAAUGACAGUAUGUCAUCUGUUGAAGGUGCUUCAAGGAAGGAUGCCUCCUUCAGUCCUGCGCGUGUUGUUUCUGAAGAGCUGCAUGCUCUCCCUGAUGAUGUGGACGCUGCUGAGUACCCAGAUGACUUUGAGGAGGGUGAGGAGGAGGAGUUAGCUGAAGUGGUGAACUAUGCUAGAAAUGCCAUGCAGUCCCUAUCAGAAGAGGACUCCCCCAAGCUGCAGGAUUCCGGUGGCCUGUCAGUUACCAUGAGAACUCUGAGAGAGAAGUACAUUGAGGAUGUUGGGCCCUUACUUUAUGAGGAGAUCAGUGCGCACUUUCUGAAUGGCCUGAAACCAGAAGACCUGCAGCCCCAGUUUCAUCACACGGUAGGGACGGACCAUCUGGAGACCUGCUAUCUUAUAUUCAACAUUGAUCAAGAGGCUACAUGUUGAGCAUGCAGCAUCUUAGUGACAUGACAAAUAUUUCAAUAUUUUUCAGAUGAUAGUAGAAAUUUUGUGAAAUCUAGA